CGAUUGCUUGCGGCAUUCGUGAGGUCGUGGCAUUUCGGCUCCUAGGUUUUAUACUCCGGAGCCUAGGCUAUGGAGGCUAGAGUCACCUGGAGGUUAGGCUAUAAAGGCUACAGAGUUAAUCAGUGAGAGCAACCCUCCUAGAUCGACGUUCAGCGAAAAGGCGAAUUAGAAUAGCGGGCAUCGAUUUUGCUCCUCGUCUGUCUCGCCGCAUCAACAACCACAUAAUCGCAACUUGCACCAGGCCGUUUACCUUGGACCGUGCUGUUUUUGUUCGUCUGUGUGAGUGCGUGAGCGGCCAUCGCCUGUUUGUGCAGCCAUGGCGGCACGCCCGAGGUCCUCGGGGCUCUCAACGGAGGUUAACGCACGCGUCGUUGCGCUGAUGGCUCGCCUGACGGCCCUACUCGCGUGCUGCCACAUCAGCUCCUCGCAGUUCCUUCCACACAAGGGAGUGCUCGAAUCCGACUCCCCCUUCGCAGCAGCUGCUGCUCGCGCCAGCAUGCCUGAAUGGGCCACGGCCAUGCAUCACCAGCAGCAGCAGCAGCAGGAGGAGGAGGAGAGCACGCCUGUCAUGGUGUCGCCACUCUUCUUCCACUCCAGCAGCAACGUUGACGAUCGCACCCAGCACCGAGUGCUUCAGCAGUCGCCCAGCACAUACUUCGCCGUACAGAACCUCACCACGCCCUAUCAAUACGGUCGUUUCUACACGCCGGUGGUCAUAGGGUCGCCGCCCAAGAUGUUCAUCGCCAUGCUGGACACGGCAGUCAGCCUCUCCUGGCUCUACUGCGACUGCAUCGACUGCCCCACCGACUCCGCUGUCAUCAAGCAACGCACGUUCUACUUGACGGCCAACUCGUCCUCCUCGUCCCUCCUCACGUGCACGAGCCCAGCGUGCCGCCAGGUGCCGUCCUCAGGCUGCCAGGCGCUGCCCUCCAACUUCUCGCGCUCCAACACCUCCUGCGACCUGCGCUACGCGCCCGCGGGGGACCUCGUGCAGGACGGCGUGCUGCUCAAGACGGUCAAGGGCGGAGUGCUCGGGGAGCAGGCCGCGAGAGUGAACUUCGGCUGCGGGCGCAUGGAUCUGGGCUACGGGGGGUCAUCAGUGGACGGGGUGCUGGCUCUCGGCGCGCGUCCCUACGGGCUGUUGGCGCAGCUGAACGCGUCGCUGGGGCUGGCGCGCGCCUUCUCCCUCUGCUACGACAGCGGCAACCAGCGCGGCGCGCUGCUCAUUGGUGAUGCUGAUGUGCCCCCGGGCAUGGCGUCCACACGCCUCGGGCUGCUGCCUAACGUCUCGCGCUACUUCCUCAACGUGUCAGGCAUGCGUGUGGGCAGCAGUGUGGUGGGCAACAGCUCGGGGCUGGCGGCGCUGGUGAACGGCACGCAGGGAGGCUUCACAGUGGACACCGCCAUGCUCUACUCGGGGUUCCGCAGAGACGUGUUCGACGCCAUGGUGCUCUUGCUGUUUGCGGACGCUUCGCUGACGCAAACUGGUUCGCAGGACAAGGCCUGUGUGGUCAACGACGAAGCGGCCAGGAAGGUGUAUUUCCCGCCCAUACUGAUCGAGUUUGCGGAGGGAAAUUUCACCGUGCUUCCAGAGAACUACAUGGUGGUGAAUGAAACCACGCAGUGCUUUGGUGCUGUGGCCCUAGACGCCAACGCCACCCAGUCCGCGUUCCUGGGGACCAUGUGGAUCCGAGACCAGUUCCUGACUUUUGACUUCACCCGAAAGGCGUUCUCCUUUCAGCCCAUGAACUGCACCACACUCACACCCAUCGCUGCCCCACCGCCUCCCCCUCCCCUCGUGCUCACCGUCCCAACGCCGCCAGACAAGGGAGCAUAUUCUCCCUCGCGGCUGCCUUGCACCUUGAUUCUGCUCCUCCUUGCACUCUUAUUGAACUCCUUUGCUUAAAUGCUUCGAUGUGUGAUACCAUACUCCAUUCUAUUGUGUUGACUUUUCUUCACCGUAGUGCCGUAAAUAAGCAUCUGCGAGCAUUGUACGCUGUGCUUCUCAGCGAGCAAGUGAAAACUUUCCUGGUUAGCUUGUAGGCCCUUCCAACCAGCAAAGAGCCCUAGAGUAGGCCCCACGAUAUCAGGAUUUUUACGCUUUUUUCAGGGUGUUUGCUUGUACCGACCCUGAUGAAAAAGCCCUUUUUUCUGAUUGGA